AUGGUAAUAUUCUCUCAACGGUAUUAUUCUCUAACGGUAAUAUUCUCUAACGGACAUAAUCCUAACGCUGCUUCAGAAGAAGAGCGACUAAAUAAUAAGAGACAGUUAGAAUUACAUCAUGGUUCCAUUCAAGGUCAUGCAAUUAUUUAUCGUAAUCGAAUUCAAGGCCACAAGAGACUUUAUCAAGACUACUUCUCUGAAACUCCUACAUAUCCUCCCAAUUUAUUCAGAAGGAGGUUCCGAAUGAGUCGAUGUCUCUUUCUUCUUAUUUUAUCUACGGUGAAAGCAUAUGAUCCUUAUUUUGUCCAGAAAAAAGAUGUUGUUGGAGUUCUUGGUCUGUCUUCCUUUCAAAAGAUGACUGCUGCUAUGAGGAUGCUCGCUUAUGGAGUAGCAGCAGAUUCGGUGGAUGAUUAUGUGAGAAUUGGUGAAAGCACCGCCAUAGAGAGUCUAAAACACUUUGUUAAGGCGGUGGUUGCAAUGUUUUCUGAGAGGUACUUGAGGAGCCCUAACAACGAUGAUAUUUCAAGAUUAUUAGCGAUGUGA